UUGAUGGUGCAGUGGUUGGAUCUGCGUUUGCGCCAGACUGUUUUUAAGUAAUAAUAAUCCGAGUUAUAAUCAUAAGCUUAGUGGCAUAAGAUACUGUAGAGAAUACGCUUUCAAUUGUAUCUCCGCUGUGUUAAGCAGAAAGGCAGAGGCGAUGUCUGGAAAACGAGUGAAGAGGAAGGCUCCAGAGCCACCUCCUGUGGAGAAGCCCUCCAAGGACGAGUAUGCUGUUGCCAAGUACCUACGAAAUAACGUGCCGUGUAAGAAGACGAAGUUCAUGUACCAUCCCGUGCAGUACUUCACCGCUGCGCGAGCCGUGGACGCCCUGCUCGACUCCCCAUGGGCAUCGGGAGAGAAGAAGCACCAGAUUAUUUUCACAGACAGGCAGUCUGUGGUUGAUUACCUGGACCUAAUGCUGCGUCACAAGUUCUUCCAUAGGGCGAAGAAAAUCGCGAUCACUGACAGGGAUCUGAGGAGAAAGGAACUGAAGAAGCUCAAGAAGAAAGAGGAGGAGGACAGAAAGAAGAAGACGAAGGAUGAGAGUGAGAGUGAUUCGGGAGAAGAGGACGAGAAGGGGUCAAAACAAGAGCGAGAUGGCGAGAAAAGCAACGCUGAGGAGACAGCUGGAGAGAAGAGUGCGGUUGAGGGCGAGAAAUCUCCUAAAGCAAAAAAGAAAAAGGAGGAGACGGACAAGCCGAAGCGGCGCGUCAAACUCGACAUGCACCUGGAGCAGGUGUUCGUGGACGGGACGGACGCGUACGUCUGGAUCUACGAGCCCAUCCCCACCCACUACUGGCUGCUGGGCGCCCUCCUGGUGGCCGGCAUCGUGGCCGUCUGCCUGUUCCCGCUGUGGCCCAGCAAAGUCAGGGAGGGCGUGUACUACCUGUCGCUUGCGGCGGCCGGCUUCCUCGUCUUCAUCCUGGCGCUGUCUGUGAUCCGGGUGGUCGUGUUCGCUCUCGUCUGGCUGGUCACCAUGGGCAAGCACCACCUCUGGCUGCUGCCCAACCUGACCGAGGACGUCAGCUUCUUCGCCUCGUUCUGGCCACUGUACCAGUACGAGUACAAGGGACCAAAGGAGGAUAAGAAGAAGGAGAAGCGAAAGAAGAAGAAAGACCAGCCGGAGGCGGCGCCGGACGCUCCGGCCGAGCCUCAGGACACGGCCCCUGGCCAGCCGGCCGCCGAACAGGAGGCCGAGGAGCGAGCUGACGUGGCCGAGCCGGCCGACAGCGAGCUGCCUGAGGCUGAGGAUCAGAGGGAGUCAGAGGGCGGAUCGGAGGGCAGUCAGCACUCGACCAGCACGUUUGAGAUCUUGGACAAGGAAGAGGAAGGCGAGGAGACCUCGUAAUGGCCGCUCAUCUCAGUUCAGCUCAGCUUUGCUUCGGUGGGCCGCUGUCGCCGUAGCCCACCGUACGAUGUGUGAAUCGGUUGUUACCAGUUAUGCAGGUGUUGCAGUUGGGAGCGUAGCGCGACGAAAUAUUUAUCCACAGGUAAAUGCUGUGUUGACUUUGAGUGUUUUAAAUUGUGUGCAGCGGCGCGGUCUGGCAAUGGCCAUGGUUUUCAGACAAGCGGUAGCAGAAUGUGACGAGUCGUGAGUAUGGUAGUUUAAAUUAUGCGACCUACAGCUGCGCUAUGUGUCAAGCGGUUGAGACCUGCGCCGUGUAAUGUAUGGUGGUAAGUGCACCAAGCAGCGUAAGAAACUUUGCGCGCUUGGAAUAAUCCGGCCGCGGGUCGCCGCGCGCCCGGGCAGCGCUGGGCGGCCCGUCCGGCCCGGAGACAGGAGCCGGUGCUGACGCGGCGCUGUCGCCGACGGCUCCGCCGUGACCCGGCCGGCUGACCCGCGUCACGCCGCCGCAAAAAGGCGCGUCUGGCGGCAGGCGGACCGUGCCCGGCGCGUCUGUGGUCGAGCCGAUCGGCCGCCUCGGACACCCCCGGCUGGGCUGCGGCCGCCGCGCCGCCCGGCCAGACCCAGCGUCGACCGUCGGCUUGUGCAGGGUCUUUGACGUCGGGCGGCGCGGCCCCUCACGCGUCUGGCGGGGAAGUGACGUCACGGCGCGGAUGGGGAUUGGCCGUCUGGAGCCGGAUCCGGGCGGGUCCAGCUGUACAUAGACUGAUACAGACCUGUCCGACGGAAAACACGGCCCAGCCUCGGUAAGGCUAGGUGCGGUUAUUUAUUUUACAUAUUAAGUAUCUGGAAGCCGUUCGCCUUGAUCUUUCGCGUAUCCAGGAAGCGGCGUAAAUAGUGGGCUGCCCCCGUGCGGAGGCUUAAUUGUUCUACGUAUGGAACGGUCCCGCGCAAGCUAGCCGGAACGGAGUCACAACCAGCCGCCUCCUUCGUUGGCCGGCUCGGCUGCAAGGCCGACACCUGGCAGGGCUCUGCACCGACGGAGGCGCGUUGCCGUGUUAUUUUUGUAUGUUAGGUUCUGGCCAGUGUUCCGACUGCGGUGAGUGGGAUAAAGCGCAGGGUGAAUAUAUUGUUCUGGUUUUACAGCUCAUAUCUCUCGGCUCUAAAGGGUUGCUUGUUCGCAUGUCGUGUUGAUGCGCAAAUUGACGUGUCGGUAUAUUCUGUUAAUGGCUUUCCAGUGUGCACUAGGAGCAUUGUAAUGCUUGUCAAACUGUCAAUUUUGAACUUACUGAUGGCACACCUGGCUCCGUAUUUUUAUAACUCACUUAAUGAAAACACCAGAAAUAUAUGUUGCUUUGACAAAAUAUGA